AUGUCGAGCUGGCAGAGUGGCAGGUCCUCCUACCGCGCGCUGUCCGUACUCGCCGUGACACCAAGCAAAGCUGGUGCCAGCACUGGCAGUCGGGGGGGCGCCAGCGACGUUAGCGGCAGCGGCGGCGCCAGCGCAGGCGGCGGCGGUGGCAAGAGGCGGCGUGUGGUGUUGAUCGAGGAGCUGCCCGAGGUGUACGGGGAAGAGAAGAAGGCGCGGCUGAGGAGCCUGAUGGCGGAGUGCGCUCGCUCGAGCCCCUCCCCCGUGAUCAUCUGCUGGAGCCAGGCUUCAGAGUCGGCGUCUUACCAGUCUAGGCUGGAGCAGGUACUCUCCCGCGAGACGCUCAGGAUGCCCGGGGUGCAGAUCACCACGUGCAACCCCAUCAAUGCCACGCUUCUGCGGCAGCAUCUGAAGGGAGUUCUGGCACUGGAAGGCGUGUCGGACCCCAAGGGAACGCUUGUGCAGAGCGCCAUCACCACUUGUGCAGGUUUGUGUCGUGACCGUGCAUCUUGCCGAACACUUCUUUCAGGCCCGACAGGGGACAUCCGGCACGCGCUUCUGAACCUGCAGAUGAGUGUCGGCGGCAGGGGCGGCAGUGGCUCAACCGCCGCCGCCGCCGCUGUCGGGCGUUCCAACGGCGGGCGUGGCCGAGCCAAGCGCUCAGGGGCGGCGGCGGAUGCGGUGGCGGCGGUGGGGGGGGUAGGCGGGAGGAAGAAGCGAGGAGCCGGGGUUUCCAAGUCUUGCGCGGCGGCGGGCGGCACCGGGCAGAGGGACACGUUCUUGACGCAGUUCCACGCGCUCGGGAAGCUGCUGUAUGCCAAGCGCGUCCCGCCCGAUUCUGACGGAGCGGGUGGUUGGCCGACGGCGGGGGGGGGUGGUGGUGAUGGUGGCGGUGAGGGACGGGGCCCCUUGGCGUUCGUUCCGGAGGACGUGCUGUCGCAGGGCGGGAUGGAGCUGGACUGGGCGUUGGCGUUCCUGCAGUACCACUGCGUUGAUUUCUACACGGAUGAGAGCGAGCUGUCGCAAGGGCUCGGCUACUUCUCCGACGCGGACAUGUUCGCGUCCAGGAUGUUCGACUCCUCGAGAGGCUAUGACGGCGGCGGCGAGCAGGCGGUCUUCCCGCAGAGGUACGCAGAGUCCAUCGCGUCGAGGGCCACCGCUGUCUCCAACCGGCACCCGGCGAAGAGCAGGAUGCGGGCUUUCGGAGCGCCGAAAUCGUUCGAGAUGCGCCGCAGCCGUAAGGAAGCGUCUGGCGCACUGCGGCGCUUCGUCGGGGACGCGUGGGACGCCUCGGGUGGGGAUGCGGAUGCCCUGUGGGCCUCCAGCAGGCACCUGAAGGAAGCCGUGGACACGGACCUGUUGCCGACGGCGAGGCUCAUCACCGGGGAGUGGGAGGCGGAGGCGGCCCUCAGGUCGCUGCUGCAGCGCUUCAUGCAGGACAGGGAGCAACAGCAGGAGGGCCAACAGCAGGAUCGAACGUGGGCAACCGGUACUGAGUCAGCCGCUGCUGCCGCUAUGCACACGGACGGGGGGAGGCUUUCUUUGCCAGCAGGGGGAGCGGCGCCUGCGUCCCCGCCCCCCUUGUCUUGGGUGAAGGGAGCAGCAGCUGGGGGGGGCGGUGAGCGGGGGACAGCCAAGGGGGGUGGGGCGAGGAGAGGCGGCGGCGUUGGUGGUCAUGGUAGCACGGCGGCGGUGUCGUACGGGGAGGGAGAGGAGGAAGAUUUAGACGAGAUUGGUGAUUUUUGA